CACAGUCUUCACAUUAAUAGUUGAUAUUAUCUUGUCUUCUUUUGCCAAACAAAUUCCAAAACCUUCAUGUCCCAAAUUACAUCGUCAUCCUAAUACACAGCCACGACCAUCAUAUUUACAUCAUCGUCGUCUCCGUCAAGAUGGAAUCCUCCAAAGAGGCAUCCUUUCCUCCUACCGGCGACAUCCUCCUCAAUCGUAACGCGCCGUUAGCACCAACGCAAGAGCUGGCGUAUCGGAAAAAGUGCAUUCAACUCAAAAGACGUCUCGCCGAGAUUGAAGGCAACAACGAUGCGACGCGCAAGAGAAUCAUUCAAGAGUCAGAGCAUAUUCAGAAGAUGCGCCUCAUGCGUGCCAUCCUCCUCAACCACUUGCAGGAAGUCAUGAGCACUCCCGCCAAGAAGUUGACUGCGGAACAACUUGAAAAAAUCGGUGUUCUUGCAAACGGCAGUGCGAACCAAGCUGAACUUGCCGGCAGCGGCAUAACACAGGAAUCUCGUAAUCCUAGACCUGACGGCGAAGGCUUGCUAGACGACAGCUCAGAAGAAAGUGAGGAAGAGGAACCCGAGCCUGCAGAAAGACCCGAACGCCGAAGAAGAGUAAAUAACAACUACCGUGAAACCAUCAUGAACACCAACGCGCCUGGCGAGGAUACAUCGAACGCGUACCAACAGCAACCUUUACCCAACCUUGCUCCCGCAAGCUCAUUUUCCCCUGCCCCUCCACUCAACCCUACAGGCCUAACAUCAUCGUUCCGUGUCUCGUCCGGCACACCUCAAGCUGCAGGAACACCAAGCUAUCAACCACAGCCUGCUGAAAGUUCUCGCUACGGAGAAUCUUCCCCUAUUACUGCUGGCCAACAACGCGGCAUGGAUUUACACGCUCCUUACUAUGCGCCUGGUGCUGACGCGAACGGCGGCGGCGCAACCACCUCACCUUCUCGACCCGCACGACCAGAUCCUCCUUACAUGCAAUUCACCACACACAUGAGACCGCAGUUGGAAAACAAUGGCGAACAUCCAGACACUAUUCCAGAACGAAUUCAGGCCGAAUGGGACGGUCUUAGCGCAGACAACCGAAAGCUCUGGGAAGUUCGCUAUCAAGAGCAGAUGGCAGAGUACACGGCUGCAAUGGAUGCGUACAAGAGAGCAUCGCGACGUGAAGCUUCGAGCGGCGUUUCUGCUGGUCCUUCGUAGAAUGAACAGUAUGGCCCCCAACGUUGCCUCUACAGUUGGCAACUCAGGCCUCGUUUCGACUGGCUCUGACUCUCACAACCCCCUGAAGAUAUGUACGAGUAUUACCAACAUUUCUCUCGUGGACCGGUCACCCACACAUGGGACGGCGCUAUCUAUCCAUCUCUCCGCGCUGCAAGUGUCCACCAUCCGCAUUCUGGAAGCCUCUCAAACCAACGUCCCUUGCCACAACUCAACAUGUCUGCAAUCCGGAUAUUAACAGCACAUUCACUUAGCAUCGCCAGAGCCAUAUGGAAGCAGCAAAAUAUGCAUUGCAUUACAGCAGCUGUUAUCUCGUGAACAUGACUGCUGAGGAAAUGGAGUCCUCAAACCUUCCAGCGAAACUGAGAUGAGAGGAAAGUGUAACGCACAAGGGUAGAUGGAUCAAUGCCUUCAAUGCAGGUCGCUCAACUCAGGAUUGUUGUUUUAUUGAGUUUUCGAGCUUGAGCCACGCAGCAUGCAAUGCCAUAGGCUUAGAACUACCGCGCACGCUAAGACAUGAUACUAAAUGAAAACAAUGAAAUUAUUCCC